AUGUGUUAUUACCGUCUAUACAUCUUCAUGGGCUGCGGCCACUCGGCGUUAUCCAAGACGCCCGUGCGAUACUGCAAGGAUGCCUCGUCACACGCAUAUUCCCACGACACUGGAUACAAUACUGACGGCACACUUGCUAGAGAAUCACACGACAAUUUCCCCUCUACCCCGCGAGUGAAAAAGCAUAUGGAUACCGUGGGUUUGGACAAAGAGCACCGCUUGCAUCAUCCGUUUCACACCAUCAGGCUGGAGCACUUGUGUGUGGGCUGCGCGCGGGAUAGGGAAGACAGGCUCCGCGUGCUGAGUUUGGGGAUGACGACGGUGAGGUUUGAUGUAGAGAAGCGGUUGUAUAGGUAUCAGGGCGCGAGUAAAGUCGCCUCCGAGAGACAGGAUUGGGGAGGAGGAGGGAUGGUUGGGGGAUGGAUGGGAGGUUGGAGUAUGAAAGUCGGUACUGCAGGGUUGAAUAAGUAA